UUCAGGUUUGCGAUAGCUUCCGGUUCAUUCGACUUCACAACAACUCUGUAUCGUGGAUCACUGUCGCCAAAUAAACCAAGAGUUCCUUAUAUUUAUUCAGUAAAAUGGAUAUACUUAAAGCUGAAAUAGCAAGAAAAAGAAAACUCCUCGAAGAGAAACAGCUUGUUGAUGACUCUAAGAAGUACUUUAAAAGGGCAGAACUUGCACAGAAAGAACAAGAGGACUACUUCAGACGAUGUGGACUUAAGGUGCAGAGAGAGACUCCUGAGAGACAGAUUGAUCAAAAGGAGGAGGACGAGCCGUCCAGCUCAUCCAACCCGGUAUUAGAAUUAGAACUAACAGAGGAGAAGCUGCCAAUGACGCUGUCACGACAGGAGGUGAUUCGGCGGCUUCGAGAACGAGGGGAACCGAUCCGAUUGUUCGGAGAGUCCGACUACGAUGCCUUCCAGAGACUCAGGAAGAUUGAAAUUCUUACACCAGAAGUGAACAAGGGUCUGCGAAACGACUUAAAGGCAGCCAUGGACAAGAUCGACCAGCAGUAUCUGAACGAGAUAGUUGGAGGAACAGAGUCAGGGGAGGUGGACACUCAGCACGACCUGAAAGUUCAUGAAGAGAACACCACUAUUGAGGAGCUGGAGGCUCUUGGAAAAACCCUGGGAACAGGGGAUGACAGUGGAGACCAGGAUGUUAUCCACAAGGUUUUAAGGUUUCUUCUGGGCGUUUGGGCUAAAGAUCUGAACAGUCGAGAAGAUCUGGUGAAGCGCAGCGUUCAGGGAAAGCUGGCCAGUGCCACGCACUCACAGACGGAGUCUUAUCUCAGGCCUUUGUUUCGGAAGCUCAGGAAGAAGAGUUUACCUGCUGACAUCAAAGAGUCAAUCACAGACAUCAUAAAAUUCAUGUUGGAAAGGGAAUAUGUGAAGGCAAAUGACGCAUAUCUUCAGAUGGCUAUUGGUAACGCUCCAUGGCCCAUUGGAGUAACUAUGGUGGGUAUCCACGCUCGUACUGGACGAGAAAAGAUCUUCUCCAAACACGUGGCCCACGUUCUCAAUGAUGAGACACAGAGAAAAUAUAUUCAGGGGCUCAAGAGGCUAAUGACCAUCUGCCAGAAACACUUUCCAACAGAUCCAUCAAAGUGUGUGGAGUACAACGCUCUGUAGCUUUUGACUUUUCCUCUCUGUAAGAUAAAGCUGUCGUGUUUAUGGUAGUUUUCUUUUAGCUCUGCGCUCAACAUUUCCAGGAAAUACUUUAAUUUUUUUCAGGAAGGAUUACCAUGUACAUGUGCUUUUCUUAGUGUAGUGCUGUGGGAAAAUACUGACUCUCAAUAGGGUUAAGGAUUGGUGAACCUCAGUGUCACAUGGUCAGAAGUGUUUUAUCCACAAACUUUAAUACACACAUAAUAAACAUCCAAAGUUUUCCAAAAACAA